UGCCUACGUAACCCACGUUGCCAGCAGUUGUACUAAAUGCUUCGCUGCUGACCCAGUUGCUCAGGUACCCUGCCUGUCUUUGUUGCUAUGGGAGACUGGAAGACUGUUACUGUGCCAGUGCUGUCAUCAGAUAGCAAAAAUAUUUUUCAAUAUACCUCAGAAAAAAAGAUAUCUCCCCCCAACAUGAACUCACAAGUGCUACGCUUGCCACUGCCUUCAUCCAAAAGCAUGCACAGCUUUUUCAGUGCCUUCUGCACCGAAGAGAAUAUUGAACAGAGUAUAUCCUAUCUCAAUAGGGAACUGACAACAUUGGGCUUUCCUUCUCUUUAUGCGGAGUCCAGAGGAAAAGAAUUAAAUUUAAUAUCUAUCAUAAAUUGCAUGAAUGAAUUGCUCGUACUGCAGCACAAGAACCUUCGAGCUCAGGAAGAAGUAGAAAUGCAGCAUCUGAAACUGGGUAGUGAUAUGGAUCACUUACAGAACAGCUAUGCUAAAUUAAAGGAACAGUUGGAAUUAUCCAAGAGGGAAAUAGUUGGACUUCAGGAAAGAGACAGACAACUGCAAAGCAAGAACAGAAAUUUGCACCAGUUACUUAAAAAUGAAAAGGAUGAAGUACAGAAGUUACAGAACAUAAUUUCAAGUAGAGCUACACAGUACAAUCAUGACAUGAAGAGGAAAGAGAGAGAAUAUAACAAAUUAAAGGAACGCUUACACCAAUUAGUCAUGAACAAAAAGGACAAAAAGAUAGCUAUGGAAGUUCUAAAUUAUGUUGGUAGAGCUGAUGGGAAGAGAGGUGCAUGGAGGACUGAUAAGACAGAAGCCAGAAAUGAAGAAGAAAUGUACAAAGUUCUGUUAAGUGAUUAUGAACAACGCCAAAAACAGCUUUUAGUGGAAAAUGCUGAGCUGAAAAAAGUUCUUCAGCAAAUGAAGAAAGAGAUUAUUUCGCUUCUCCCACCACAGAAACAGAAACCUAAAGAAAGGUCUGAGGAUGGGCCAGUGCUGUCAGACCUGGAGGAAGAUAUUGGAGAGUUAAAUAAAGAGAAUAUGUGGGAACUGUCUUGUGAAACUGUGCGAGAGCAGCUUACCAACAGCAUUAGAAAACAGUGGAGAAUGUUGAAAAAUCACGUUGAAAAGCUGGAUAACCAAGUGUCACGUGUACAUUCAGGAGCUUUGAAUGAAAAAGAUGUCAUUUCAAGAGAAGACCAUGAGCUGGAAACCGAAAAGCUAGAGUUAGAGAUUCAGCAAUGUAAAGAAAUGAUCAAAACUCAGCAACAGCUCUUACAGCAGCAGCUUAUGUCUCCGUGUGACGAUGACACCACCCUGUUGCUACAGGACUGCUAUUUGUUGGAAGAAAGAGAGCGUCUUCAGGAAGAAUGGAGACUGUUCCGAGAACAAAAAAAGAAUUUUGAGAAGGAACGAAGAAGUUUUACAGAAGCCGCUAUUAGAUUAGGACUUGAGAGAAAGGCAUUUGAAGAAGACAGAGGAGCGUGGCUGAAGCAACAGUUCUUGAGUAUGUCUACUGAUUACAAGCACUCUGAAAAUGUGACAACUGCACGUGCCUUCUUAGGAAGUUCUGACCAAGACCAUCGGGUAGCGAAACCUGCCUCUCAGCAAAGAAAACCUCACUGUCCGUUGAGCGGUCCUGCCUCAGCAGAACCUUGCCAGACGCCUCGGCACGUGCCACCUAACAGUGCCGCAUCCAAAAACCCGGCUGGAGAUAGCAAGCCACAUCAGCGGGUGGGAAGCGACAAAGAAGAAAGCGAGUAGCGCCCGAAGUGGCGGGAAGACUCUGGAGUUGGCACUCGGCUACGUAGGAACUUGCACAUAGAACAACUGCCUUAG